CCUUUCUUCAACCUGGGACCGUUUGGCCCCGAGAGCAUGGGUGGCGAACAGAGAGCAGGCAUGAUGAUCCAGCGACAUCGUGGCCAGAGGCAUAUAAGAAAGGGCUGAUAAUCCUGGUGUUCAUUGUCUCACGGGGACCAUCUUGAUUCAGCAGGCUCGCCCUCGCACCGCAGUAACAGCCAGAGAUAUCUCCGCCAGAGUUCAUAUCAAGCCCCCCAAACAUCAAGACAACGGCAAUGGGCCUCCUGUCGCACCUGGCCGUCUUCCUGACGGCGGCAUCCGCCGUCGUUGCCGAUCCGCACAUCACCAGCAUCAAGUUCGCCGGCUCGGGCUGCCCCAACAACCCCAAGUUCAGCGGCAGCUUCGAGAAUGGGUGCAUCACUUACUCCGACUUCGUCGCGGUGCAGCCCGGCUACAACUCGACGCUCAACUGCCAGGCGCAGAUUCAAGCCGCGGGGGCCAACCCCGGGUGGCAGGUGGCGCUCAAGUCCAACACGGUCAAGGGCCACGCCGUGCUGAGCCCCGGCGCGUCGCUCGACUACUACACCACCGUCUUCUUCAGCCAGGACGCCGCCAAUACGAACUCGCUCAAGGGCACCCUCUCCAACACGGGCUCGAGCACCCUCAACCAGGACGUGACGCUGUACGCCGAGGCCAACGGGGGCCAGGUGUGGUCGCCGUGCACCGGCAGCGAUGGCUACACCGGCAUCCUGGUCAUCAACUUCCGCGCCGCCCUGAACGGAGACGGGAAGGCGAGGUUCGAGGCCGAUACCGAGGAAUGGGAUCUCGAGUGGCGGCGGUGCUGAGGGGCCGAGGGGGUUGGCCUUGCGAGUCUUGCAGUUGAUUUAAGUUUGGGAGAGACUAGAAGAGGUCGGAAAAAGGCUGGAGUUGGCACCUGUAUACUUUGUCUCUUGCUCAAAAUCAUACCCUAUCUUCCGUGUUUCCGCUUUCUUCAAGGUGCUGAUGGGCCGAGGAAUGUCUGUAACUACCUACCUUGCAAUGAGCUCAUCGGGCG